CGUCUGCGCAGCGGGCCGUCAUCUUGACCAUCUGCACCCGUUCCAGCACAUGUGCUCGAAUUAAUCCCGUGUCCACCAACGCCCGCGAUCGACAGGGGGACGCGAUACCCUGUGCCCGGCCUUUCAUACUCUUGAGCGGGCACAUACCUGGGUUGGUCUUUGGCUGAUCCAUCGACACUUUCAUCUCGAGGCCCGAGGCUCAACGUCCUCGACGCAUCAGCCUGCGAAGCGCUGCUUCUCUCGCAGAUCAAAGCACCGCUGCAUGCCCAACGCAAAGACCUUCCACGACGGGCACGCAAAGAAGUGAUGGCGGCUUCAGCAAUGGACGGUGAAGAUGCGGGUCGCGUCGGAAGUGGUGGUGUCCGAUCGCGCUGGACCACCUGGCGCAGCAAGUGGCAUGGCCAUGGUACGCCUACGCAGGCCGACAUAGACGAUGGUCUGUGGGAUACGAACGAUGAUGGCUUCCUUCAAGACGUGGCAGAGUCGACCUCGAAGUCGUUACCACAGUCACAUCUCUACACCAUGUUUUCGAGCCCCAAUUCCGAUCGCGCUGCUGAGAACUUUUCAAGGCCCCAAGGUCCUCAGCAGCGCGUAAGUGACUCCAGUAGCGGCAGCGGUGACCCUUCGCACGAGAGCAGUUCUCGCCCCACCUCAUACACCAGCUCAGCCUUCUCGCCCACUUUGCAUGCCGCCGGCUCAGACUCAGCGCCGGUCGGUCCAGGCGGCUUCAUCCAAGCUUCACCCCUGUUUGGCGGGUACGACCUUCGCAAGGCUAAGAUAUCGUCGCCGUCGAGCCGGUCACAUUCUGCCCGUACCUCACCUCAAGCACCAAACUUCACCUUUAAGCCAAUCGAAGGCGAGGAGGGCAGCUCAGCUUACUAUUCCGUCGAGACUGACCUGCAAGAGCAACUGCGCUCCUCACUGGACUUCGCCAGCCAUCGCGCGUCAGCAAAUGCGCAUGGUGGACGGACUCAAGCCUCGCUGAGUCGUCAGGCAAGUAGCUCUUCGUUGAAUCACAUCGAUUCAGCCGCCUACCCGCGCACACCAAGUAAUGCCAGCGUGCUUGGGCCCGAGGGCGAGACUCGGCAUUUCGUGCAUGCACAUACGUCGGUGGGGAGCCCGAGCAAAGACUAUACUUUUCCCGGGACAAGCUCCAGUGUCUUCGCAAGCUCGCCUCGAGUAGGCAGCCAAUUAUCAAGGUGGGAGCCGCCAUCUCCAAGGACGACGAUACUUCCGCUCGAAUCAGCAUCUAGGGGAGGGAAUGCGUCGGGAAAUCACGGCGAUCCAGGAUCGCCGGCUGGGUCUUUGGCCAAGCGCCGAUUUGGCCGGCGUGAGAAGCGCUCGCCGGAAUCGCCUGUCCUGCCAAAGAUUGAUAGCAUGGGCAGCGCGUUUGGGAGCGAUUAUGCCUUGGGGCAAUCAAGCUUCGAAAGCCUCGGGCCGAGCGCUCUAAAGGCCAGCGAGACCCCUCCGCUGGGUGGUCCCCGCCGCACGUCGAUUGUGAAAGGCACCCUCGUUUCGGGGCUGCGCAAGUUCAUGCAAAGUUCACACUCUCCGAGCGCUAGCACCGACCUCGCCAGCAAGCAGAUGUCAAGAGCAAGCAGCAAGACAAGUCUGGCGCAGUCUGCUUCAGGGGAUCGGUUUGGGCGUCGGCCAAGCCACCUCGAGAUGGACGACACUCCCGCCACUGCCGCACAGCCCGGUUACGACAACAUCCAACUCGUGAACGAAGCGUCCGCACUAUCGGGCUGGCAGCAGACUAGCAUCGACGAGCACACGACCCCGACCAAUGUCGACAUCCCGCAGCAUCCCAUGCUUCAAGAGCUCCCUGCAGGUGCCGCGCUUCGCAACGUUCUGGCGCAUCGGCCUUCUACCGCACCGUCGCAGCAAUUGUUUCAUACCCAAAGCGAAGAGCCGACUUCACUUGAUUCAUACGGUCAAGCAUCACUCGAUGUUGGGCCAAAUUACCCUGCAAGACCUACCAACGUCCGUCAGCCGAGCGCCCCGACGUCUGCAGAAGCCGCUGCCGUCGACUCGGGCUGGUCAUUCAGCAACCCAGAUCGACGCAAGCCUAGUUUUGACAGCCUUGCUGCCAGAUUGACUCCACGAAGUCCAAACACCGAGCGCUCAGCUUUGCGUGGCGCUUCAGAAAAGGUGUCAAGCAGGCGUUCAAGCAGAGCAAGCGUCAUUGAUGUCAUCCACGACGAGCCACGGCGUCGAGGGAUAUUUACGGGUUCGAAUUUGGUGAUCCCGUCACAGUCGCGGCCGAGCAGCCGCGGCGACGGUAUCGAAGAGCUCGACUUGGAACUUCACUCCGCGCCCCCUCGCCCUCUGCGCGAGAAUACUGUGCGCCCGAACAGUGCGCGAUCCAGUAUUCCGGUCUCGGAUUUUUCCGACAUCGCUGCAACGUUCAACGCAGCGCACACCAAGCGCUGGUCAGGCGCGCUGUCGCAGACAAGUGCUACUCAAAGCUUGGGAGCUCGAAGGGGCAGUGUCGCAUCGUUUGUCAGUCGUCGAGGAAGCGACGCUCCAUUUUUCAGCCGCGCGUCGCUGUACGGUGUUGCCAAUGGAGACGCCAGGAAAAGCUUCGGUCUCCAAGGAGAUGCUUCGCGAGAGCACUUUGCAACCGCGUCUGUCGAUGACUUCCGCCUGCUAGCCGAAAAUGAUUGCAGAGAACGUAGAGGCUCAAGAAGCAAGAUUGGCUUGGGUGAUGGCGUUCCACUACCUAGGCCAGCUCGGCGCUCGUUCGUCGGCCAAGGAUCGAAGCGAUGGUCUGGGCUUGUUUUUGGCGGCGGCAAGCCGCUGAAGGUCGACGGGUCUUCUAUUUCCCGACCAACUUCUGUAGCUUCGUCUGCAUUCUCGGACGCUGCAGCUGACAUGCUGGUGGACAAGUCUCCGCGCACGCCCACCACGCCCGGCCUUCGAGCAGCAGUGGCCGCCGGUGACCUCGACACAGAGGCAGUCGUGCGCCGAAUGCAGCGCAAUAGCGACCAAUCCAAGCGACGACUUAGCCCACUUGAACCCGACAGCAAGGCAGCCCCCGAGGAGUCGCAUGUGCGAAAGCCCUUCAUGGCGGCCAGGCCAAACACAUCGGCCUCGCAGCAACACAUGCAGUGGACCGCCACCGAUGAGCGUCGUGCCUUGUCCUCCGCGCUCGAUCAGGUGCGCAGACCUUCCACGAGUGACGCGGUUCCCGUCACUGGUGCCCGAUCACCCCUGCUCCAGCAUUUGCAUGCAACGCACUUCCAAACGUUGCAAGGCAAAGCGCUGCAGACGUCAGCAAAUCAACUGCCGGAAGCAACACCAGCCGCAAUUUCGAAGACAACGCGAGUCAGUAGCGCUCGCCCUGGCAGCGGGGACACAGUGGCCUCAAAGUCGAGCAAUUUUCGGCGACCAGCUGAAUUCAAUGACGCCGCUUUCGAUGCCACUGCUGCCUUUGAGAGCAUACCCAGUCCAUUGCCUUUUGCUCAACUUCCUCAGCAGAGCUCAGCGGCCCCUCACUCGGAAGCCCAAGAAACGUCUACGGACCUCCUCAGUGCAGCGGCAGCGGCGGCUUCAGGCGACUCUCACAGACGAAUCACAGAGGGCGAAAGGAGCAAGCCUGAGCCCCUGUCGCUGUCUCCGCCUUCCGAUCUCGAGGGCGCCCUAGAGUCCCCCGCAGAUCCUCACUUGACGUUCAGCGAUGGCGAGGAUACCGAUGACGGGAAAUCUGAAGGACGCGUCUCUUUGAACCUCGAUCGAGACCUGGUCGUAAGUCCAAGGCCGCCACCGCUUGACGCGCCAUGCUCGCCCGGCACGGAAGCCGACGAGAGUGAGAUGGAGCUCCUCAGCGACAGCCAUUUCGUAUUCGGCGAUGACCAUCAGCACUUGCGCAAGCGCAGCACAGAUUCACUCAGAGACCGCGCGUCGCUGAGCGAUCGGCCAGCAAUACCGCGACGCUCAUCUUCGUCUUCAUUGAAUGGCAAGUCUCCACCUUACGCGACGGCGCUCUCGUCCGCAACGGCAAGCCACAGAGUGGCCCUCCCGAGGUCUGCAAGAUCAAGCUUCGACUCUGUUCACAGCGUCUUGAAUAGCGCAGCGGAGCUAGCAACUGUUCCCCCGGCUGGCCAGACAGCUACGACAGCCGGUGAUAGACGCUCGUAUGCUUUCGUAUGAUGCUGAUGCAUGCCUUUGCUCGUCCUUAUGUCACUUGCACCUGCUGCUCGAGACCUCGGCUCUCUGAUCGUGCAAGCUUCCUCGUCUCGUCUCUUCAUCGA